AUGUCGGACACCACCUUUCGCCCCUCGCUGAUCUCUUGGAACCUGACCCAGAGUUGCAACUUGCGCUGCCCGCAUUGCUACAUGUCGGCCGGCAAGAAGGCCGAGCGCGAGCUAUCGACCGACGAAUGCUUGACCCUGCUGCCCGAGAUGCAAACGCUCGGCACCGAGAUGAUCAUCCUCACCGGCGGCGAGCCGUUGCUGCGCAAGGACAUCUUCGACAUCGCCAGCGCCUCCUCGGAGCUCGGCAUGUGGACCGUGAUGGGCACCAACGGGGUGCUACUGAACGACCGGGUGGCGCAAAAGAUGGUCGAGUGCGGCAUCCAGGGCGUGGCGAUCAGCCUCGACUCGAUCGAUCCGGCCAAGCACAACAGCUUCCGCGGCGGACCCAACGCCUGGGAGCACUCGGUGCGCGCCCUCGAAGUAGCCAAGGCCCACGGCCUCGAAGUGCUGGUGCAGACGACGGUGAUGGACUUCAACCGCGACGAGAUCCCCGAGCUGAUCGAGUUCACCCGCCAGAAGGGCGCUUGGAGCUUCAACCUCUACUUCCUGGUCCAGACCGGCCGCGGCCAAGAAAUGAACGACCUCGGUGCCGCCGACACCGAGGCACUGCUCGGCCAGUUGGUCGACACCCAGGAAGACUUCAAGCCGAUGCUGGUGCGGUCGAAGUGCGCGCCGCACUUCAAGCGCUUAGCUUACGAGCGCGGCAAGGGCGGCCACGAGAGCGGCGGCUGCAUGGCCGGCACCGAAUACUGCCGCAUCACACCUGAGGGCGAGGUCACACCCUGCCCUUACAUGGACGUCUCGGCGGGCAAUGUCCUGCAGCAGAGUUUCAGCGAGAUCUGGAACGACUCACAAGUCUUCACCGAGCUACGCGACCGUGGCCAGCUGAAAGGCCGCUGCGGCGCUUGCGAAUUCAACACCCUCUGCGGCGGCUGCCGCUGCCGCGCCCACGCCGCCUACGACGACUACCUGGCUGAAGAUCCGGCCUGCACUUACCAACCCACUGGGGUAGCGCUCGUUGAGAACCCGUUGGUCUGGACCGAGCCCGCCCUGGCCCGCCUCGAGCGCAUCCCGAUCCGCUUCAUCCGCAACAAGGUCCAGAAAGGCAUGGAGAGCUUCGCCCGCAGCCGCGGCGAGCUGAUGAUCACCGCUGAGCUGAUGGAAGAGGGCAUGUCCGGCACCGGCCGGCCACCGGCAUUUCAAGGCAUGCCGUCGUUCGUGAAGGGCGACCGGCCAAGCUCGUCGCAGAAGGUCUAG